AACACACCAAAUCACUUCUCACACAUCCAUUCCUUCAAACCAAAAAAGAAACAUGUCAGGAAGAGGCAAAGGAGGAAAAGGCCUAGGAAAAGGAGGAGCAAAACGACACCGUAAAGUUCUCCGUGACAACAUUCAAGGCAUCACAAAACCAGCUAUUAGGCGGUUAGCCAGACGAGGCGGAGUUAAACGUAUCAGCGGCUUGAUAUACGAGGAGACGCGUGGUGUUCUCAAGAUCUUUCUAGAAAAUGUUAUUCGUGAUGCGGUUACUUACACCGAACAUGCUCGCAGGAAAACAGUUACUGCUAUGGAUGUUGUUUAUGCUUUGAAACGCCAAGGCCGUACUCUUUACGGUUUUGGCGGUUAGUUUGUUAGUCUGUUUUGUUUUGAUUUGUAGUUGUUUACAUCACUUCAUGUAUUUGUUAUUAAUUUUGUGAUAUCGAAAUCGAGAUUUUUACUAUAUUUUUAAUUUAA